ACCUUCGACCACUCAACGCGCUCGCAACUCUUGACGAAUCAGCGCUCUCCAAAGUCCAAAUUUCCGGCCAAUCAGAAGAGAGAAAGGCAGUGCAACGUUGUUUAAAUUUGUUUACAUCCAGCAGCUGUAAGCACGACCCCUUUUCCUCCUCAUUUUUUCUAAUUUUACGCGAAUAUAGGAGGGCAGAGGACUGGAACACGACGAUGGAGAUGCGAAUAUACACCGAGGAAGAGCUUAGGGCGAUGAAAUAUGGCGGCCUGCUCAAAAUAACAAAAACCAGGGCGCUAAAAACGACGGGGAAGAAAUUGAAGACAGAAAAACUGAUCAAGAUGAUCCUAGAGUCACAGACUUUACCUGACAUGACUGAUGAUGUCGCUGCCGUUUGUGCUGCUCUGGACACUGACAGCCAAGCAAGCCCUCCUGAAAAGCUGUGUGUCGCUGAGGAGGUGACUGCAGCAGGAGUAGGAGAGGCUGACCAGCAGGAAGAACUGCUUGACGAUAUUGAGUUCCCUGAGGAGCCUUCGCCUGAUCCUGAGCCACCUAAGGAGCUAAUAACAACACGCAGACGGGGGCGCCCCAAGAGAAAACAUUCGGUUGUGAUUG